AUGGGGCUGUUUCUUUCUCUUGAAAGGUCACUUGCUUUGAUGCUGAUAUCGUUAAUCACUGCUUGCACUUUAUCAGAUUGCUAUGAUCCUUUGGAUCCCAAUGGCAACAUUACAGUUACUUUUGACAUUAAUCAAUGGAUACCAGAAGGCUAUGUGGCAAGGGUAACAAUUCAAAAUUAUUAUCAAUAUCGCCAUGUUGAUAAACCUGGUUGGAAAUUGGGUUGGACAUGGGCCAAGAAUGAGACCAUCUUGUCUAUGGCAGGUGCUUUUGCUACUAAACAAGGGAACUGUUCAUCGUUCAAGUUCCAAACACCGCCGCACUCUUGCGAGAAAAGCCCUGUCAUUGCUGAUCUUAUGCCGGAUGCGUUAUCAGAAAACAAGCCAGAUGGUUGUUGUCAUGGUGGUCUUCUUGCUGCUUGGGCUAUCAAUCCUUCUAAGUCAUUCUCAUCCUUCGAAAUGACGAUCGGAAACUUAGGGACGAAUCCGAAUGUGCAGGCACCAAUCAAUCUCACUUUAAUGGCUCCAGGCCCUGGUUAUACUUGUGACUUAAUUGAGGACACUGAUCCCUCAGUUUAUUCUGAUAUUGGGGGUAAAAGACAACUCCAAGCUUAUAGAACAUGGAAAUCAACAUGCACUUAUUCGAGCUUUAUUGCCAAUCAAGCACCUGUAUGCUGUGUUUCACUCUCCACAUUUUACAAUCCAAAGAUCACAUCAUGCCCUACUUGCAGCUGUGGAUGCAGAGAAGCAGAUAAAAACACAGUUUCAUGCAUAAGAGAAGGUUAUAGUGAGCCAGAAUCCGAUUCAUUUGAUAAUAAUGAUAUAGUGAAGUGCACUGACCAUAUGUGCCCCGUUCGAAUUCAUUGGCAUAUAAUGACAAAUUACGUUACACAUUGGAAAGUGAAGCUGACCAUCUCAAACUACAAUUAUGAAAGAAACUAUUCAAACUGGAAUGUGCUAAUUCAGCAUCCUGGUUUCAGCCAGAGUACAACUGCAUAUAGCUUUAACAGUACAAUGCUUCCCUCUUUUGGAUUUUCAGAUGAGGUUGCUCUAUUUUGGGGGAUUGAGUACUAUAAUGACGAGCUACUCUAUGCUGAAGAAGAUAAAGUGAGUGCAGUAUCCACACAGAUUUUACUAAGGAAGGAUUUAGAUUCCUUUACACUGAGAAACGGAUGGGCGCUACCUCGAAGAAUAUAUUUCAAUGGUGAAGACUGUCAAAUGCCUCUUCCAGACACUUUCCCCAUGCUACCAAAUGUCAGCUCCAGCUUGAAACCUACUAACCCAGUUUUUCUUCUUUGCAUCUAUCUGACUUUCAAGAGAUUAUUUACUUGAUAUGGAUAAAUAAAAUCUCAGUGAAUGUUUGCUCACCAAAUCAUAACUUGGUGGGAAUUUUUGUUAAUUUUUCCCAUAAAUUCAUUGUAAGGCAUUUUUUUGGGGGGCAGUAUAGUUACAAA